AUGGAUGCAGGUCUGCAGAACGAAACAGAGGAGCCGCAAGAUGAGAAUCAGCGCCGGCUGCGUUCCAGAACAACUCCCCCAGCUACAACCCUUUUUGCCAUGUCUAAUUCUUUAGACAGUGGCGUUGGAAGCUUCGAAGAAUCGGACAUCGGGGAGAAAUAUUGCAGCGAUGAACAGUCGCAGCAUGUAUCAACUAUCGCAGAACAAUCUGAGAACCAACCGGACGGUGGAGCGAAGAGUUUCCGUUUUAUCUACCUCGGCAGUGCGGUCUUGGACAAGCGCUACACACUGUCGAUGCUUCCGUGGGUUAUUGCCGAAGUUAAGAGGAGAAGGGAAAGGGCAUCCAUUGAUUUAAACGUCGAGGCAAUGAUUGUAAAGGCCGUAGAUUGUUCUUCAAGAACCACUUUGUUUCAUCACAAUGUGCAGACCAUAACACGCUAUACCCGCUCUACGGACAAAAAGUGCUUUUCGUACCUAACCCGAAUCCCUGAAGACGUUUCUUCGUGUUACUGUUACGUUUUCGAGGCGGUCGAAAUUGCUGCGGUAAGUACAAGUUUGCGGUUGUUUAUGUUAACGUGAAUUAAUUUUCUUUGAUCAAAACUUUCCAUGCUCUUGCUGGUUUGCUUAGAAAAUAAUGCAUUUGCGACAGACAAUACAAGCUUACGGCUUUUGUAAAUACAGUGCCUUUGUCCUCUCAUGUAAUUUUCCCUCGCUAUUGCUCGCAUUGAAAACCAACGUCGGCUGCACUUUGUCUUUUUGCUUUGAAAUGAACAACUUUUUUAGCUCUUUACUUCAAUUGGGUUUUAAAUUCUCUAAACGCGAUGCUUGUUAUUGUGGAAUCUUUGCAAGUUUAGAUAAAUCAGAUUUGUUCAAGAAACAUGAUAUGCCAAUGAUGGUUUCCUUCGUUGUUUGUUUCCAGUGAAAAACUUCGAUUGUAUCAGAAACGUGAACAAAGAAAGUCUCACGUAGCACAAAACUUUACUGUACGUGUUCAUGUGAAAUUACCGCAUCGAAUUGUAGUUUCUGUCAAAACCCUUAACCUUUGUUGCCGCAAAGGUCUCGUGGGGGAUCCAUCUUGUUUUUUAAGCGUAAGCUUAAAUUUCUCAAUCAUGUUCAUUUUCGACCCAUUGUCCAAACCGUUUUACGUCCAUAAAUUUUUGGAAGCGAAAAUCUUGGAGAUCAUGUAAAUUUUUCCCGUAGAAUUAACCUACUGUUUCAGCAAAAUUUCUUUGGAUUUCAUGGACAACUAUUUGCAGUUUAAAUUGCCGGUGGGGAUAUAUGAUAUGUCGUGAUUUUUUUUAUAUUUUAUUGUUUGUUGUUCCCCUCUGACUAAAAAAAUUUUCACAAAAUGUACGUGAUCACGUAUAUUUCGAUUCCAAUUCCUUUCGCUAAAGUUCAAGGUAAUAUUGUUUCUUGGUUAUUGUUAUGCAAAACAGUUUGAGUCACACAAUAUGUUUUCUUUGAGCCAACAUUGUCACAGAGGAACUGCUCUUUUCUGUUUUGUUUUUGGUUCAACUUCAGCAGUAUUUUUUUUCUUUUAAUUGAGGACAAAGUAUAAUCGUCUUCCUCUUGUUUUCAUAUUUUUCAUGAUGGUACUUUUUACGUGUGAUUGUAAGUGGCUAGGAGGAUAAGUUAUGCUAAUUUUCUUAACACGGUUUGUGACAAGUGAGAAAGAUAAAUAACUUGUGCUAAUGAAUCUUGCUUUUUUUUCUUAUGGAGGGUGAAAAAAUAAGCUCUCAUUUUGUCACUAUUUAUAACCUGCAAUUGAAUUUUCUGGGAAAAUCACUGCAUUUUCAUUUUCUGUCAAUUUAUGCAUAUGUGAUGCCAUUAUUGUUUUUGUCAGUGAAUUGUACCUGCAGCUACUGUAACUGGUUAUUCUAUGUUAAAAUAAUUGUUAUGGCAUUAUAUUGCUAUGUCUUGAUCAGAAUUAAAUACCCACUGACCCAAAGAUGUUUUUAGACUUAAUUUUGUUGUAAGAAAUUGAUUUUUUAACUGUAAAAUUAAUGUAAAUAUUAUGAUGACAUCAGAAGUUUGUUUGCCUGCUUUAAAAAAGAUACUGAUUGGGUUAUCAAAUUACCACAGCUCAUCCUUGUGCAUCUGUAGUUGUGUAUAGUGGUCAUAGUUAUGUAAAUUUCCUGCAGAACAUGUUAGGACAUUUUUUAUAAGCUAGGUCUUUAUCCUUCUGCUGAUUACCAUUAUUGCCUUUUUGCGCCAUGGUCUUGCUUCCACGUCAUCUCCUUGUUUCUGCUACUAGAGAUGGAAUUCACCUACCAUUUGACAACAGUCAAUUAUUAUGUAUAAUUUAUUAUUUCACGCUAAAAGAUAUUUGAACAAAAUUGACAUUAUUUUAUAUCAACAGAACAAUUUAUUGCUUCCAAUGUGAAAAUUAAACAAUACUGUUGUUUUCUUCUAAACGUGGACAUGUUAUGGAAAAACAUGUGCUAAAUGGUGCAACCUUGACGUGUUGUGCUUCUAAACAUGUGAAGUUUGAAGAGCGGUAGAGUGAUGUUAACAUUCAGAGUAGGCUUAGGCAACCAUUUCCAGCUUGAAGUAUCUGAUCUGUUUUGGAAGAUUUAAGAACUGUAUCCUAGGCCAGACACUAAACACCUCUACCCUAUGCCAGAUUACCCAAUUCAACCUGAAACUGUAAUAUUUGUCAUUCUUACAUAAAAUUCUUACAAAUGAUGUACCCUGAAAGAAAAAAAACAUGAAAUUCCAGCUUGUCCUUUAGUCACAAGAUUACCUGACUAAGGUUACCGUUGCCCACUGGACAAAUGCAAAUGCUUGUCAGCCUUUAUUACAUUUCAUGUGGAUUAUCGCAAGGGGUGUCUAUUGGGGCUGCCAAAUUACCAGCUUAACUAUGUUUAUAUCUGUGUAUCGGCAACAGAUUUUAUUACUAGAGACCUUUAGAUUCUAAGACGAGUACGACUACGAGUACGAGAUUUUCUCAACACUAAGUAGUGCACGCGCGUGCACCAGCGUCAUUUUGGCGGGAAAACGCGGUAGCCGUCGUCAUUCUACGACGAGUUUUAGCGCGAAUGUCAUGGUGGCGAAAACAAGUUAUCAAAUGUUAGAAGUUUUAUCAUUUUGCGAUGGGGAAAGCGCGUAACCUCCUUCACUAAAGGUAACAGUGCUAACUUUUCUAGUGAAAAACGGUAAAAUGAAGCUUUUCGGGAAGUCUAUAUUUUGAGAAUACGCGAAAAAACUUCAAGUCAAAUCUCGUACUCGUAGUCGUUCUCGUCCUCGAAUCUAAAGGUCUCUACUUAUUGUUCAUGCAUUUAUAUACCGUAUUUAUUCGAUUAACCGCCCUGGGCGCUUAUUAAAUUUUUGGACCUUGAAAGUGGGCGCUUGUUCGAGUUGGGCGCUUAUUCGAGGCUGGGCGCUUAUUCAAUUUCCACCAUUUUCAGGAAGUGUAGUAUGUUUAUUUUGCAACAAAACAAUAAAUAGUAAUAACGAAACAAGAAGAUGUAGCAAAGCAAGGUUUCUGUAAACUACCCCUACUCUGAGGAAAAUUCCGUCUUCGGAGAAGUCUCUUUAUAUUAGUACUUAUUCAAUUUCAAUCUCAUUGUCACCCAGGUGGGUGGGGUGGGGGUGGGCGCUUAUUCGAGGCUGGGCGCUUAACUUUUUCUGCCUCUAGGAUGGGUGCUUAUUCGAGGUGGGCGCUAAUUUGAGGUUGGGCACUUAUUCGAAUAAAUACGGUACUUUUUUAAUAUAAAUUGUCAUACUUUUCUGUAAUGCAAUGUGGCUAAAUGUAACUAAGGUAAAGUCAACCUCGAAACCAUGUAAUGUAAUUCACUCUUUUUUUUCUUUUUCCUUCUUUUGUAAUGUUGUUGUUAAUUAAGUAAUAAAUUGUACUGUCUGUGAAGUUGUGAAUAAGGUUCAUCUAAAAAAAAACGUCGAACCAAGGCUGGUUAGCAGUUUUUCCAACUAUGUUGGGGGUGGACCGAUGCCUUUAGCAGGGGCACCUCAUGACUUGUGUAUACAGUUGCUUGCUUGCUUGCAGUUCUUCACAAAGUGUUUUUGCUACAGCCUUGUUUCUUGCUUGCCAUUUUUGUGUUGAGUUUUUCCCAAUCCUCCCUCCUCUUUAUUUCUGGGUUUGAACCUGCAACCUCCUGCUCGGCAGACUGGUGCUUAUCCAAUUGAGCUAACCGGGCGGUGGUUAGGUAAUAAUACAGGGAUGUCACUAAGAUUUCAAGUUGCCAGGAGAAUACUACAAGUAGGCAGGGAAUCAAACAGCUAGGGAUUUCUUUUGGUAUUAUUUUUGUUCUAUUUUCCUAUGAAAGUAGCUGGGGGCCACAAUCAUAGUAGCCGGGGAAAAUCCCUGGUCCCUGGCUCCUAAUAAUAAUAAUAAUAAUAAUAUUAUUAUUAUUAUUAUUAUUAAAUCUUGCCCAUCACAGUGGCACAUAUGUGCCUGUAGAGUCCAUAUAUAUAUAUAUAGAUAUAUAUGGGAGUAGGCACAACCGGCUGUAGUAUUGUUGUGAGGUGGUGUGAGUAGUAGUACUUUGCGUAUUUUUGUAUUUGUGAUAUGGAUUUGUGAUCUUUCAGGUUAGUGGUUUUUUGCAAAGUAUCCGCGAUGCAGCUAAACAGGGAGCUGAGCAGUCCCGAAGUACCACAGAGUCAUCCAUGCCAAGAAAUAACAGUAGUCCCAACCUUCCUUCCGAGGGAAGUGAGAGUCAAGCUGUUGUUUUUCCUUUGUGGUAUGUUGGUAGGGUGAUAGUGUCACACAGACAAGCACCGCCCACCCUUGUUGAUGAGUUAGUAGAAAGAUUUAAAAAGAGAACAGGAAUGAGUGAUCUAGAAAAACAGCUGAGGACGAAGCAAGAUGAAAGAAAAAUUUCAGAUGUAACAUACAAUAAAGCAUAUGUGAGGGAACAUUAUUUAGCCAAAAAGGCCAACAGUCUUGAUAGUGCGGAACUGCUUGCAGGGAAUAACUGUGGUGAUGAAAAGCCAGAGGAAGUAAGUCCAUUGAGACCCCAGCUCGUAAAAGUAAAUAGCAACCCUGGAGGACGGCCAAGGUCCGCAAGUGAUGGAGACAAAACUAAAGAGGUCUAUUCUUCUUCCCAGACAAACAGUUCUACGCAUAAUCAACAUCAUGUAAAAACUCAUUCAAGGAAUUCAAGCUUUAGUAAUGUCGGACAAAACAGGAACGUUCUGUUCAAAAUAAGCAUUCAGUCAUUGUCGUGUUUAAGUGUGUCCACAAAAGCCCAGCUGAUGGAGAGACGGCUCCGAGAAGUGUCUUUUUGUCAACAGGUUUGUGGGCUUUCCUUACAACAGUUCUAACCCUUUAUUAGCCCUAAUAUCCACAUACAAAUUCUCUAGACUGAUCUCCAUGCAUACAUUACCUUGAGGAAUAAUAGUGGAGAGAAUUUGUUAAAAGAUCAAAGCAUUUUCACUUCGCUGCUCAUUUUAGUAAUUCUCCUAACCUUUUUUUCGUGAUAUGAUGUUUUGAUAUUUACAAGAGAAAAUUGAUAUUGGCCACUCUUUGUCAAAAUACAAAGAAUGAUAAACUUGGCUGUACUUUCUACAAGGGCGUGCUCUAAUGGUGCCCAGUGACACCUGACAAGUUAUUUUUGUUAUUGAGUGAUGUUAGGGUUAUCCUGUCAGCCAAGGUUUUUUUUUUAUGGUAUGGCCUUUAACAUGUACUAAGUCAUUCACCUGGCUUAUGGUCAGUCGUAUAUAGUUGGUUUGUUUACAUCGCAAGAGGGGCAUAAGUAAACCAAAGUCUAUGCUACUGACAAGCCACAUAAACGACUUUGUUAAUGUUAAAAGCCAUGCCUUGCCGUACUAAUCAGUGUGAAGCGUUAGCAAGCAGUCAGGCGCGAAGCUAGCCACCAUGUUGCUCGUACCAGGUCACUUCAAAACAAAAUUGUUUGUGCCAGACUCCCGUCUUUGGUGCUUUGUUUGCCAGUAAACAGUCAAUGCUUCUCAACUUCGUUUUUGAUCUAAAUUACUUUCUGUGGAGAUUAAAAACUUCGACAAGACAGGGGGUAAGUUUCUUCUGGAAAUCAAAAUCAAAAAUUGUUUGUGCCAGUCUCCCGCCUUUGGUGCUUUUGUUUGCCAGUAAACAGUCAAUGCUUCUCACCUUUGUUUUUGAUCUAAAUUACUUUCUGUGGAGAUUAAAAACUUUGACAAGACAAGGGGUAAGUUUCUUCUGGAAAUCAAAUGCGAAACGUUUCCAUUUAAAAUGAAAUUAAUUCCUUGAGCACUAGUUCAAAACAUUGACAAGGCACUCAGGGAUAUAGAAAAUUGCUCUUUUUAGAACACGUAGAUGGACAGAAUUCCAAAAAUAAUUAUUUGGAUAACAAAGUUCCUACAAGUAUUUGAUGAUGAUAUCCUUCUUGCAUUUUCUUUUUCACCAUAGGGAACAAAGUAUCCAGAUCAUUUUGGCUUCAUAUGCAAUGAUGUAAGGAGUGGCCAGUACCACUGUUACGUUUUCAAAGGACAGUCAGAACAACUGGUGAGUUGAUUGGGGAGUUGAAGCAGACUAGGGAUGGGAAACUAAGAGCACUUGCCUUUCACAAAAUGUUUUGACUAAUGGGAUACCAUAAAAUUUAUGGUAUCCCAUUAGUCAAAACAUGAUUGCGCCAUCUAUUUAAUUUUAGGAGCUCAAGCGGGGGCAUUUAAUAGAUAGAGAGAGGCGUUCAUUCUAAUAACUAUAACAAAAUCCACAAAAACCAAUAUGCUUUUGGGGAAAAUACCAAUACAAUUAAAAAGCAAAAUAUCCUGUCCAUCCAUUGAUAUGCCGAGGCUGUUUAGAGAUCCAUGUUUUUUUUUAUCUCAACUUCAGUGUCAGAAUCCCAACUUUGGGCAAACUUUUCAAUGUUGAUCAAGAAAGAACCUGAAUUAAUUGAAUGUUCACUAUUUUGUAGUAUUUUGGAGCAGUUGUUCUGUGGAACGUCUAUUAGACAGAGGCGUUUGUUUGAGAGGGGGGUCUAAUACAAAAGUAAAAGCGUAGGGUAUGCUUUUAUUACCCAAGAAGUGUUUAUUUAAGAAAGGGUGUCUGUUAGAUCAUUUAUAGUAUAUGCACAUCCCUCUUAUAAGCUGAGCUUGAAGUCAGUACUGUUCCAUCAAUUUAUGGCUGGUGCACUUCACUCUUGGGCCAUAAAUAAUAUAUAGGUAUAUAUAGGUAUAGUAAAGAUGAGCAAAUCAGCGCUAAUGAGAUGUUUAUUGAAUGGUCUCCCUCUUUUAUUUAGUGGAGAUUAUUCUUUUUUUUCACUAUGAAACGUUUGAUUUGGUAUAUUUCUUCCUUUUGCCUUAUGCUAACAGUAACAAAAAUGUCAAAUUUGUAUGAAAUUAAAGGUUGAUGAUGUGAUGCAGUCACUUCGGCAAGCAUUUAACAGUGCAUGGCAAGCCACAAGCCCAACAUCAGUUUGUGAUAUGUGUCCCCUUCAUCACCUGCACCAACUGUGUGUGCAGCUUGAAGGUAAUGAUGUAUAAAUAUUGCAAUAGCUCCCACUCCCCUUCAUCUCCUCAGCAUACCCCUGUAAGGUUAGCUAUCAACUGCACGUACCAACUGAAGGUUAUGUAUCAACACCCACCCUCCCCCCUCUCCCUUCUCCCAACCUCCAUCUCAUGAUAGUUAGUAGAGGAGACUGGUUAGGAAAGCCAACAGUGCUGUAGUUAUGUUGAGAGCUCCCUGGUCGUGCGCAAUCCUUUUUUUUUGUUCACAUAUUGUGACUGAAUAAAUCAAUGCGAUGCUUCCAUUGGUCAGUAAGUUCAAAAUAAUACAUUGUAGGAAUGCUAUUGAACAUUGUGCACGGUCAGGUCCAAAAAAAAAGCUAACAAAAACAUACAACAAAGAUUAUUCUCUCAGCUUCAUAACCAUUCCACUCUAUUAACUAUGAUCUCGUGGAUACAUGUUAGUAUAUCCCCCGGGCAUAUGUUGUUGGUGAAAAUGACAUUCAGGUUAAGAUGAUUUCAACCUAAAGUUUAUUUUCAAUUUGUUCUGCUUCCUAACCCUAAUUAUUCAUGACCAUGAAUAAUAAUUAGAGGUUAAGAGACAAAGGAAAAUGAAAGUUGUCUUAAGGUUGAAACCAUUUUAACCAGAGUGAAUUUCAUUUUGAUUCAAAACAUAUACCCCUUUUUGUUGUAUGGUUACAUGUAGCUCCAUCCAAGAGGUCAGUAGGGCAAACAUCCUGGGAUACUGGUGAUGGUCUUCUUAGAAAUCUGAAACUCUUUUCACUUUUGUCUCUCAGGUUUGCCCAGGGACUUGCAUGCCAAAAUUGUUCAAUUUUCACACUUCUUUUCUGUUUCAUGGCAAAUCAUGGCAUAAGACCCAUUUGCUUUCAACAGUAAUUCAAUCAUAUGUUCGACUACUUAUAACCAGUUAGCCAGUGUCAAUUAGCAAGUUCAGUUUCCUGUUAUCUUUGGUUUAACUGUUAUUAUUGUUUGUGUAGGUCGCACAGUCAGACAGCAAUAUGAUAUCUUACAAAGACACAGAAUUAACCUCUCUGAUGAGGAGAUGAGUGAAUUCACAGAAAUGUUCAAGGUAAACAUUUUUGUUUAUCCUAGAACAAAAAUAACAUAGGUUUUUAAAUGAGUCCAAGAUGCUCUAAGAUUUUAUUUUAUCUGAUCAUGAUUGUUAUGGAGUAAAAAGCAAUUCUGUGGGCCUUAUCAUUCAGGAGUUGUUGAAAAGAGUAGAGAAAGUCUAAAGUUAUGUUGAUUCUUUUGUCAACAAGUACAAACCGUACUUUGAAAGAAAAUAAGUCCAGUGUAGGAAAACAGGAUGUGGCCAUUGGUGGCCAUGUAAUAACCCGUUAAGUCCGAAAAGUUAUCGGCAUUGCAGUUUUCUCCUAGGUAACAGUUGUGUAUCAAUACAUUAUCAAGAGAAUUAAAGGUUAUGAGAAUUAAUGAAAUGAUUGAUCAUUACUGGAGAAUACUUUGAUCUUUUAUCAAAGUCUCUCAACUAAUUCUUUUAACAAAUGCAUAAAGAUCAGUCUGGAGAAUUUGUAUAUUGGGACUUGAAGGGUUACAGGAUUAAACAGUAAAUACAUUAAGGCACAGAUUAGCCUAACUGAUACACUGUGCCACACCCUUAUAGAAAGUGAAAAAGUGAUUGAAAUAAUUAUUGCUCAGGUAUUUCCACGGGAAGGACCGAGCUAUAAAAUGGGAGGGUUUUUUUUUUCUCUUCUGGCACAAAUCAUCCUCUGGCGCCUUCAAUGCUUGCACAAGAUAUAAGUAUGUGUGUAAAAUGGGACAGUGUGCUGAACCAGAGCUCAGAGCACUUGGCUGCCUGAGACACUGUGAGCAAAUAAAGGCAUCUGUAUUCAGUGUAUAAAACUCAGGGACCACAAGAAUGAAUUCUGUCAUUUGUUAUACAUGAAAAGCUUAUACCAAAUGAACACGCUGUUCAUCUUUAGACCUACAGUAAAAGAUGGCAAGCAAACAGUUCUGUUCCAUCAGAGACUUACUAACUAACUCUUGUGAGUGAACUUUAUCAAGAAGCCCUCUCGAAGUAGUGAGCUACCAUUGAAAUUUGGACAGAGUGUUUCUUAUCAACUCGAGAGUCUUGUCAAAGAUACUAGGAAUGCUUCCAUAUUUAAGCUUAGUUGCCUUGCAGAAGGAGAAACAGAAAAUGAAUUGAGUACUUCAAUUAUCUUUUGUGCAACUAUUUCCUUGCUCUUGAUGUUACUGGUUUUAUCUUCCUUUGUUUUUGUGACCUCUACCAAACAAUUACUGCAAUCUAAUACGUUAUAGUUACGCAAGCAUCAUUUCCAGAUAUAUAUACAUACAGACUGUGGUUGAUAUUUUGGUAUAUGUCGGUGGCCUUUAAAGAUUGUGAUUUCUUCAACGAAGUUUUCUCAUUUGAAUUUUUUUAUAUGGACACCUGAGCUCACGCAGUUUAUAUGUGUCUAGUUUGUCAUAGUUUACUCUUUAUCAAUUGCCUAUUAUGGAUGCCAAUUUUCAAAAGUAGUUUCUUCAACUAAAGUCAACCUCACCAAUGUUAUGCUUUCAUCAUGAUGACCAUUUGACAAUCAUCUUUUUUCUUCCUUUUUGUACAGGUUGAAAGUCCUUCAUCAGGAAUGAGCGAAGAAAUUGAAGUAAUCAUGGCGAUACUGAGAGGAAUUUACGAAAAAAGACAACAGCAGCAUACACACUUAGGACAGGUAAAACAACUGAAUUUGAAUCUUGAAGAUUAAACAUUCUAUUGUAUUCUAUUCUAUUGCAUUCCAUUCCAUUCCAUCCUAUUCCAUCCCGUCCCAUCCCAUUCUAUUCUAUUGAGAUUGUAGAUAUUGUUUAAUUCCUAUUCUGAUCAGGGGUGUAGUUUAUCAUGUACCCCCACCCCAAAGAGGGGUACAUAAGUGAGAUCCUACACUAGAAAUACUCCAUUUUAUUAUAUAGAUACUGAUGAUAUCUUCAUCUCACGCAGUGAAGAUACUAUUUUUAUCUUUCACGUGUGAGGAUAUUGGUGUCGCCAUAUAUGGUUACUAACAUGAUUUGAUUUUGAUUUUUUAUUUUGGAACAGAAAAUAUAAGUAUUGUCUUUAUUUCUCCUUUAUAACUUUAUAUCCGAGUUUCAUAACAUUUUUGUGACAGGCAUUUUGUGAUGGGUCACCACUUUAAUUAAUUGCACUAUUUUGCUGUUUCAAAAAUGAGUAAAAAAAAAUUGUGUUUUAUGUAGGAAUUUCAUCAGUAUCUAUAAAAUAAACAGAACAUUACAUGGCCGCUUGGGGAUACGAAUAUUAUCUUCUUGUGCUGAAAGAUACGUUCAGUACUCAAAGAUAAAUUUUGUAUCCCUGCGCAGCCAUGUAAUAUCCUCUAUUUGAUUUUCCAGGGGCAACAGUUACAGAAGUACAAAGAGGGACCAAACCUACUCCAAAAGGCCAAGAAGUCUUUGACCAGCUCAUUCGAAAGCUUCAUGAGUAAAAGGGUGAGAAAUAAAGCAAACUUUUUCCAUAAUUACAUGUACGUGUAACCAGGUAACUGUAGGUAACAGUAUGUUGCCUAAUUGGCAAUUCUUGUCAAUCCCUUUUACCUGUGACAUCAGAAUGCAUAAUUUGUUAUUCUGCACACAGGUUUCCAAUCUUUAUAAGUUUUAAGUUGUGAGGAGGAGAAUUUUUUUGACAGUCAAGAAAUUUUUUGCUUGGUUAUCUUUUGGUUUUUACUUGUCAUCUUUAUGUCAGAUUUAGCAGUGAUGUUAUUAGGUCAAAUUAAAUGCUAUUAUUAGGGCCUACUAACUCUAAAAACUGCUGGAAAAAAGUGAGUGACACAAACCUAACUCAGGGGUUGACAAUUUGACUUCUGAGGGGGGUAUAGGUGAUAUGGUUUGGGUAAGAAAUUUUUCUCCCAGGCCUCUGGAAUUUUUUUCCCUGACAUAUAAUGGUGUAAGAUUUUUUUCCAGCAUAAUUUAUAUGCCAUGAGAGGUAAUUUUUUUCCGUGCAGGAUAUUUUUUUUUCCUCAGGUAUCUCCUCACAAGAUAUUUUUCCCUUGAAAUUAGUCUGCAGGAUAUUUUUUACUGAAAUCACCCAUACCCCCCACACCCUCCCUCAAAAGUCAAGUGGACUGCCCCUAAUGUUGGCUUCUCUAGUUCCUUUAAAAUUUAACCACUGGCCACAAGGGGGGAAAUAAGUACCAUUCUUCUUCUUUUCAACUGCUGGUCUUUGUUCCUUUUCCUCUGGGAAAGGGAACAGUUGUGUUACCAGACAAAGUUUGCUUUGUGUUCAGUGAACUCAUUUGCUACUCAUUUUGCUCAUUUGCCACCGCUUAAGGUCAUGUUGAAACCUCACAAACAGUCAAGAUACUUAUUGCAAACAUGAUAGUUUGUAUGAAAUAAGCCCAUCAGUAUGUUACUGCAGCUGUUGCAUUCAUGCUAAAUUGCAACUAACAGUAACUGGCUUGUACCUGCGUUAACAAUGUUUCAGGCUAGAGCCAGGUCAGUCUUUUCUGAAGAAGGAUCUGGAAUGGUGAGUUAUUAUUGUAACGCCCAUAGUAGUGAGCUCUUCAGGCGCGGAUCUAGGAUAAAUUCGGACCAAUUUCCUAAGCAAGGCGGAGUCUCGGAGCAUGCUUUCCCAGGAAAUACUAUUGGAUUUAACUCCCUAAAGUCCCCAUACCUGGGUUUCUGAGUCAUAAAGUUUGAACAGCGUAUUGGCCAGUUCCAUUCUCCUCGGAUGAAGCCUUACAAAUCGGCGGAAUAUUAUUAUUAUUUCUAAUGCCUGGAAAUUAGAGGGAGAAAAAUUAUCCAAACCAUUUUCCAGAAAAAAAUAUUUUUUUUAUGAAAUAUCUGACCGAUUUCCGUAAAACCGUGGAAACCGGUAAGGAUCUGCGCCUGCUCUUUGUGCUAAUGAAAAUGCUUUUCUUGAAACAGUGCUAAUUUACAACAACAACAACGGCUUUAAUGUUAGAGUGAUUUUUGUAUGAUCUUGAAAUGAAAACACCUGAACAAAACAAUUUUAAGACAUCUUACAAGGAAAAUAAAAGAGAUUUGGAACAUCAAAGAAAAGAGGUAACUAGAAUGAUUCAAAUAGAUAAAUAAAUAUGUAAAUAAAAUAAUAAAAGUUACAAUGCAUCGGAUCAACUUCACUUUUGAACACUCUCACGUAUGGAUUUAGGCAACCAAUGUAAAGGAGGGACCAUUGUUAGAUUGCAGGGCAAAAAACUAACCAUACAAAAAAAUCCCCUGGGGGAUAAAGAGGAGGUAGUCUGGUUAGGAACUAAGGCCCCAGAGCUUCAAGCUGUCUAAUUUAUGAAGUUUGUUUUUAUCACAAGGACAACAUGAUAGCCAUUGUGCAUUAAUUUAUUAUCCUUUGUGCUUAGCCUUGGCUCUGCUUCAGUAUAAUAUGACAUAGAAAUUAAUUUCAGGCGAAAUAAUUUUGUCAAUCACCUAGAUGAGAGAAAAUGCAUUUUCAUUAGUGGAAUUUCUUGCAACUGGCACUUUUUCAUAGGCCUGCUGCCUGUGAUGAAACAAAAAACAUCCAAGUUUCCACAAAGUACCUCCCAAACUUCCAAGAUUUGUUGGUAACUUACAGUGGCAAGAAGUUCCAACUAGUGCUUUCACAGGAAAAAAAAAAAAGUAGUUGGUCGCUUUAGAGAGAGAGGUGGCUGCACAAGGAAGUUGAGCAGCUUGUAGAAGGUUGAAAAAAUUUUUUUUCUCUCCAGGAAAAAAGUGAGCCCACUAGCCAGACGUCUCCUCCCCUUCAACGACGCCAAAGAAGUGUCACCCUUGAUACAGCACCACAGUCUAACUCCACCCCACCCAAGUCUCCUUUGAAAGAUGCCUCCAGCAAGGGAGAUCAAGUAUUCACAAGUACACCACACAGACAAUCAAAAGUGCCUCCCCUGCAAGGUGUAGAAACAAGUCCUCGUACAGGAUACCCAGGGUCCCCACCUGCCACACCCACUAGAAGUCCUAGUAAUCAACAUCAGAGACUAACCAGACAUCACUCUUACGGAUAUAGACAGGUGGGUUUACCAAUAAUGAUAAUAAUCAGGGUGCAAAGAAGGUCAUUUUUACAGCUUGCCAUUCCGGCAAGCUGAAGCUAGCAUUUACUAGCCCAAACGUCAUUUCAACUAGCCCCCAAGAUUUUUUGAUGAGCGUAAUUGGUUUCACAGUUCUUCUGUAAUUUGAAUUCCUCAAAAUACUUCACUUACCCGUCUGGCAAGUUACAAACACAAUUCACUAGCCUGAUAGCAAAAUCCACUAGCCCCAGGCUAUCGGAUAGUACUUUCUUUGCACGCUGAUAAUAAUAAUUUGUUUCGUGUAUAGUGCUAUUUACAAGUAUAAAUGAAUAGCACUUUACACCAGCAACCUCGUUCCCAGGGUUCUCUCCUACCCGCCCUCUCUCUCGCUCUGUAGGGUGGGUAGGAGAGAACCCUGGGAACGAGGUUGCGGGCUGCGUUGCUGUCAGAAAACCCUCUUGAAGAUGGACACCUUUCGGACCGAUUUCGUUUGACAGAAUUUUACAGAGUGAAAUUUAGAAAUGUUGUCGAAUUGUGACUUCGGCCACCUUUGGCAGUGAUAGGAUUAUUCAAAUUCUACCUUAGACUGGGGCUGAAGAUAAUCAGUGAACUUGAGAUCCAGGUCUUAGUUUCCCUGAUGACUAAUUUGCACUUUUUGCAGUGAAGACAGGAUGUGAGCUACCUGGGCUGCUGAACAAUUUGCUUGCAUGUAGGUGGAGUUUGCUACAGGUUUCUCUCUCCUCAGUCAUGUAAUUAUCUGAAGACAUUAAAACAAAACCCAAAAAUUGGAGAGUGGGGUGGGGGGGGGGGGCGGAGGGGACAACUUUCACAUAUUAAUCAGAUUAAUUUUGUAGAAAUAUGUUCCUUUUCAAACAAAACAAAUUGGCUUUUAACUUACAGUACAUGAUUCCUGAGUGAUGUACAAAUGUCAUUGUCAAGUGUGUUAGCGCCAUUUGGGUUUAUUUAUUCUCUCAUAUUUUGCAGACUAUUUUUCACAGUGUUGUAACGCCAUCCAAAAAGGAAACUGUUAUUGCAGGUUUGUUGUUAGCUUUCUCAAACUCACUUAUAAUUUAUAGUAAAAUAAAAAGAAAAUAUAUUUAAAAGUCCUCAACUAUGUGUCCUUUUCUUUUUCCUUCUCCAAAGUAGCUAUUAUAAAAACUAAGAGUGCAGCCAUUGGUUUUCUUUCUCUUCUUCUCUUUUCUUUCUUCUCGCUCUUUCUUUUUCUCCUUUCCUUUUCCUUCGUUACAGUGAUUUUGGAGCUUCUCGGGCUUGAGAGACGUGCCUUUUGACACCUUUUCACUCAAAUGACUGCAAAUUUCGUUAGGUUGGUUUUCAAAAUAUCGGUUAGAUAUCAAAGUCUAUAUCACUGGAAAAAAAUCCCCCAACAUGAAUGCGUUAUAUUUAUUUGUCGUGUUCAUGUUUUGUUUUUCUUUGAAACAGAUCCAGAAUUGGGUGUUAUCCCCCAAAGUGCAUCCUGGGCUCAGAUGGUAGGACGCAAGAGAUCAGCUAAGGAACUGAGGGCUUUAUGGCGAAAAGCUAUCAUGGAGCAAAUUCUUCUGAUCAGAAUGGAGCGAGAGAAUAACAGUCUGCAAGGUAUAUUCCCACUCUUUUGAUUUUCCCUUUGCGUAGGUGUACUUGUCCUCUCAAAGCAAGAGCCUGGUGGUCAUUAGCCUGCGAAAGCAGCCAAAAAGGUUUUUAAAUUGGCCAAGUGUCAGAAUUCAUAUGGCAGGUGGAGGAAGAAAGGUAAAAGUUGACCACGUCCUUUAGGUUUUCCCACACCCCUUUUCCUUCCCUUCCCUUUUGAUAACAUGAUUUCCUGCUAUGCUAAGUUUCACCCUUGGAUGGACCAGUGUCCCAUUCGGAGAUAGGGGAUGGGGAGCGUUAGGGAAAGUGUCAGAUCUAGACCUAGACCUAGAAAUGAUGGGGAAGACGUAGGAAGCCCCCAGCUAAAACUUUGCUAGGCCCUUCGCACCUUUCUUAGUCAUCCAAACCUCUUGUAGGAGCUGUUGUAAUAACUGGCAACUGGAUGUUGGUCGGGCGUAAAAUAACCUUUUCGUGCCUGGAGAUACGCUUUUCAGUAGUUUUUCUGAAAGGAGUUUCAGUCUCACGUUAUUCCUUAAUUAGGCCCUGCCGAAUUCUGGGGCUCAUAAACUACCGUGCUGUUGUUGGUACAAGUUAUAUAAUUUUGUUUAGUAAUGAUACUUAGUUACUUUUGAGUGAAGUAGUUUUCUUUUCGCGUUUUAGUGAAUCAAAAUGAAAUUGAAUCGAACUUGCUGAAGCUCUCUUACGAUGAAGUUCAACCUUGCGCUGAAGCGGCCGCUGCAACGUGGACCAAGAUUCUAGAAAAAUGUGACGAGCCAGUCGACAAAAAAAUCCUGUUGGAAGCUGUCAAAGCUGGUAAGACUUCAAAUUAUUUGAACUUGUAAUGGAGCAGAAAAUUUAGGGAAAUUGACGAAGUUCGAAGGUUCAAUCAAAUCAAACGUCUUGAACAUGGUGGACUGUAAGUUAUUUUGGAUAAAUUGGUAGCAAUAAAGGAACAAUUCACCAAGACCAUAAUGCACUUUCUUUACCCCCAAAUUUUGCAUAACCAAUGUUUCCAAUUUCUCCUGGGUAUAACAGUCUUCCAAAGGGAAAUAGUAAAUAAGAUCCAUUAAGGUCUCGGUGAAAAUGGUGAAUAGGGAUUCCGUAGAACUUUACAUCAAACGGUGUAUGAAGUAGACUCUAUCUUAAAGGAGCUAUGACAUGAGGAUAUUCCUUUUUUAGGUCAAUUCUAACUGAUUACGAAGAUUAAUCCGUGGGAUUUGAGCCAAUCAGAAACCGAGAAAUAUUGGAAUGAAUAACAACAAUGAUUAUCGAUUGUUUUAUACUUUUUCCUUUCAAAGGGGUACCUAAGUCUAAGAGAGGCGAAAUCUGGAGGUUUUUAGCCAAACAGCACAAGUUUCAAUCACCACCAGGCGAUCGACCAUGGAAUGAAAAGUCGUAUGAAGAAAUUAAAGAGGGUCUGUCAACUCAUCAGCACUCCAUCUUUAUUGAUCUAGGUAAGUGUUCAAUAUUUUUGUUGCGUUAUACCCAAAAUAAGAGCAAGUCUGUGAUGUUGUUGUUGCAAUUCAAUUCAAUUCAAUUCUUUAUUCACACUAUGCAAGAUAUUUACAAAAGUGUACAUAGUAGGAAAAUAAAGUAGCUACAAAUAAUAAUUAACUAAAAGAUAUUAAUGUAUCGGUCAAAUCGAAGCUUCAACAUGCCCCCUUCCCCCGGGCAACCCCCCGGGCAUUUGACUUUUUUUAAAAUUAUUGUUCAAAUUCCCCCCUACCCGGGCCAAAAUGCCGUUCAAACACCCCACACUAGGGUCCAUUCAGGUGAUCAAAUGACCCCACCCCGGGGACAUUUCACGGGCACAAAAAUGACAGAAGGACGGCGGAAACGCCUUCAGUUGUCGAACAAAAUCUUUGUAAAUAUAACAAAAACUGAGCAACGCUGCUAGCGUAUUUACUAAGAACAAAAGUCUCGUGCAAAGCGGCGGAAAUCGCUGCUACAAGGUCACUGAAUGCUCAGCUUUUCUUCGUCAUGCAAGAUACAAAGCGUUCUAUAAAAAAAAGAUCCCACCUAUUGAGAUUACUACAUCAUGACCAUUUCACUGACAUGCACCAUCGCUCACCUUAUUCAUUAACAUACUUGUAGUAGGUCAAAGUAGUUGACCGUUUUAUUUUAUUUUAUUUUAUGUUGUUGUACUGAAUCGCCGGUAUAGGUAUUGUACUUCAUUGUAAACACAACAAUAAAAUACAUUCAUACAUUCAAAGCCUGAAUCCAAUAUUAAAAAUUUUAAAAUUUAAAUACUUCAAAUACCGCACAAAACUUGUUUAAGCCCUUUCCUCGUAACCAAUUGACCACAAAGGCACAAUCUUUUCCACGAAAAUCCUCUAACUCCGCGUCCCCCAUGAUAGCUCGCCACGCCAAAGAUUUUACAUGAAAUCGAUGGUGGAGUUCAAAUUCCCCACCCCUAAAGCAUGGGGAUCAAAUUCCCCACCCCCUGGAAGACUCUGAUAAUCAAAUUCCCUCCUCCCCGGGACGGCAAAGGUGUCAAAUGCCCGGGGUAUGCCCGGGGGGGG